GCUUGGUGACAUUUGCAUGCUGUAGGUGUGCAGAAGAGGUGUAAAAUGUGGUUUUUUCCCCUCUGUGCAUCUCAAACAAUGGUGUUAAAGCUGGCACAUCUAGCUACCGUUUGACUUUUUACCAUGGUCCCUGUGUGAAAGAAUCGACUGAAUUUUGUUUCACGUUUUCUUUCUUUUUUCCGAUAUGAUCUCACAUAAGUUGUGUAUGUUAGGGGUACAGCAUGAUGAUUGCAACAGUGUCUAGAACAUACAGCUGGCACCUCAUAAAAGAACAGCUUGCUCCUCAGUCUGCUGGAGGAUUUGUAAAUGGCUCUGUGAAAAGAAGAACAUAGAUAAUGGGCUGUGUGCAAUGCAGGGAUAAGGAGGCCUCGAAACUGACGGACGACAGAGACACCAGCAUCUCGCAGAGCGCGGGCUACCGAUAUGGGGCCGACCCCACGCCACAGCACUACCCCAACUUCGGGGUCACCGCCAUCCCCAACUUCAACAACUUCCACGCGCCCGGGGGCCAGGGGAUGACCGUCUUCGGCGGGGUCAACUCGUCCUCCCACACGGGCACCCUGCGGUCCCGCGGCGGAACAGGAGUCACACUCUUCGUGGCGCUUUACGACUACGAGGCCAGGACUGAGGACGACCUCACCUUCAGGAAAGGCGAGAAGUUCCAGAUUCUCAACAGCACUGAGGGGGACUGGUGGGAGGCUCGCUCACUCACCACCGGUGGGUCCGGCUACAUCCCCAGCAACUACGUGGCUCCGGUGGACUCCAUCCAGGCCGAAGACUGGUACUUUGGGAAACUUGGCCGGAAGGAUGCGGAGAGGCAGCUGCUGUCGAACGGCAACCCCCGAGGCACCUUCCUCAUCCGGGAGAGUGAAACCACCAAAGGCGCCUUCUCCUUAUCCAUACGAGACUGGGACGACGUGAAAGGAGACCACGUCAAACAUUAUAAGAUCCGCAAGCUGGACAGCGGAGGGUAUUACAUAACCACCAGGGCCCAGUUCGACACACUGCAGCAGCUAGUGCAGCACUACUCAGAGCGGGCAGCUGGCCUGUGCUGUCGCUUGGUGGUGCCCUGCCACAAAGGGAUGCCCCGCCUGGCCGACCUGUCCGUCAAAACCAAAGACGUGUGGGAGAUCCCGCGGGAGUCGCUGCAGCUCAUCAAACGUCUGGGGAACGGGCAGUUUGGGGAGGUCUGGAUGGUGAGUGCGGACGGUUUGUGCUUUAAUUUAACGGGAGUGUGUGUGAACGACUCGCCUGACACUGUGGGUCUGGGCCACGAUGCCUGGGAGGUUUCCCGCGACUCCCUUGUGAUGGAGGUAAAGCUGGGGGCAGGAUGUUUUGCUGAGGUGUGGUCUGGAACGUGGAACGGCACCACUAAGGUGGCGGUAAAGACCCUGAAACCGGGCACCAUGUCACCAGAAUCCUUCCUGGAGGAGGCCCAGAUCAUGAAGAAGCUCCGACACGACAAGCUGGUCCAGCUGUACGCUGUGGUGUCCGAGGAGCCCAUCUACAUCGUCACCGAGUACAUGGGAAAAGGAAGCUUGCUGGAUUUCCUGAAAGACGGAGAGGGUCGAGUGCUGAAGCUACCCAACCUGGUAGACAUGGCGGCGCAGGUGGCCGCGGGCAUGGCGUACAUCGAGAGGAUGAACUACAUCCACAGGGACCUGCGCUCCGCCAACAUCCUGGUGGGAGACAACCUGGUGUGCAAGAUCGCCGAUUUCGGCCUGGCCCGGCUGAUCGAGGACAACGAGUACACGGCCCGGCAAGGCGCUAAAUUCCCCAUUAAGUGGACAGCCCCGGAGGCGGCGCUCUACGGGAAGUUCACCAUCAAAUCGGACGUGUGGUCGUUCGGAAUCCUGCUCACGGAGCUGGUGACCAAAGGACGGGUACCUUAUCCAGGGAUGAACAACCGGGAGGUGCUGGAGCAGGUGGAGCGAGGGUACCGGAUGCCAUGCCCGCAGGACUGCCCCAGCUCCCUGCACGAGCUCAUGGUCCAGUGCUGGAAGAAGGACCCCGAGGAGCGGCCCACCUUCGAGUACCUGCAGGCCUUCCUGGAGGACUACUUCACUGCCACCGAGCCACAAUACCAGCCCGGGGACAACCUGUAAACCGGGCUUCCGGUACCGCCAUGGACUGCCCCCGGCCCCCAGCGGGGCUGCGGGUACAGCGGCCCCCUGCCUGUUGAAUAUGUACAGUACAGCUUCCAAAUCUGUCCAUACCUCCGCCCUCUCCCCCUCUGCUCCCCACACACAAACUCUGGCCCGGGGGAGGAGCGGACCGAACUGACUUUUUCAGCCCGGAGGUGUUUGCGGUUCUGGUGUUGGAUCUUUGUAGGUUAAAGG